CUAAUCAUGGGAUAACUUGUUCUUGAAAGGCAUCUCCAAUUCCGACGAUUAUUUUGUUGACAGUAGUUUGUAAGUGAAACAUACAAGAUGACAGAUAUGUAAAUAAAGGUUGAUAUGGCGAUAAGGAAACAACCUCCAGACUCCAGACAGUUGGACAAGCCCAGUAGUCAUGAACCCCAGUUCUCCCUGUGAGGGCCAGAGCCCUGAGGGUGACCCUCCAGAUGAUUGGUUCCACCUUUCCACCAUGUCUCUGGGAACUCAGGGCUCUGAUGGAAGCCGGGAUGACCCAGAGGAACCUGAGGAGAGAGGCAGACUCAAGUCCAAGUUGGUGUCAGCAUGGAACAAUGUCAAAUAUGGCUGGUCGUUCAAGUCAAAGGCCCGCUUCAGCAAGACCUCUCCUCUGACCAUGCUUGGACAGUCUUAUCUGCUCAGUCAUGGAGUGGAGAGGGAGUGCUUUCGCCGGGCCUUUGCCACUCUGCUGUGGCUGACGUACAGGCGGGGCUUCCCACAGCUGGAUGGUUCCUCUCUGACCACAGACAGUGGGUGGGGCUGCAUGCUGCGCAGUGGACAGAUGCUGCUGGCACAGGGGCUGCUGCAACACCUGCUGCCGCCAGGCUGGACCUGGCUCUCUGCCAACCAGGUGUCCAAAGAUGACAUAGAGGUACAGGAGUCUCGCUCCUUGGGUCCAGAGGUGACUAAGAAGGGAAGGAGGAAGAGCAUAGUGUCCUUCCUGGAGAGUCGGACUGAGGUCACUCACAGACGGGUGGUGUCCUGGUUUGGGGACCAUCCCAUCGCCCCGUUCGGGCUGCACCAGCUGGUGGAACAGGGCACAAGCUCAGGGAAGAAGGCAGGGGACUGGUACGGCCCCUCCAUCGUAGCACACAUACUUCGUAAGGCUGUUGACGCAGCAUCAGCAGAGGUGUCCAAUCUGACAGUGUAUGUAGCACAGGACUGCACUGUGUACAUAGAUGACGUGGUGAGGCUGUGUGAGAGACCUCUAUCUGAGGGCUCCACAGGACCCAGUCCAGCCUGGAAGUCUGUCAUCAUCCUGGUCCCUGUGCGCCUGGGAGGAGAAGUCCUCAACCCCACCUACAUCAAAUGUGUCAAAAAUCUCCUGAGGUUAGAAUGCUGCAUUGGAAUCAUUGGUGGCAAACCCAAGCAUUCUCUGUUCUUUGUUGGGUACCAAGACGAACAGCUGCUGUACUUGGACCCCCACUACAGCCAGUCCACAGUAGAUAUCACACAGGAUAACUUCCCCUUAGAGUCAUUUCACUGUAAGUGUCCCAGGAAGAUCUCCUUCAGUCGCAUGGAUCCCAGCUGCACUAUAGGCUUCUAUGCCAAGAGCCAGAAGGAAUUUGAGUUACUGUGCUCAGCUGUUAGCACGGCUCUCUCAUCAUCAACAGAAAAGUACCCCAUCUUCACCAUUGCAGAGGGUCAGGGGCAGGAUGGGGGGCAGGAGGAUGAGAGCGAUGCACCCCCAAACUCUGUCACCCACAUCUUGACCAAGGACAAGGCGAGGCUGAGAAGGACCAAUAACAGCAACAGCAUGGAUGAGUUUGUGUUAUUGUGAACUAACGUAGCAGGUAUAAAAGUUCUAAGCUCGGUUGAAUUAGCUGUAUCCCUGAAAACCGGAACAUCCGGUUGUUGGCAACUCUGCUAAGGGUGCUGUGAACAGACUGACUUAAUGUGGCCAGCAGGGAACAUAAUUCACAUACCAACUCAUACACACGGUUACUGAACUGAGCUUUAUCAGUGGCAGCUACUGACGGGGGACAUGCUCCAGCAUUAGCCUUUAUCCCCAACCUCCACAGGCAAUACCCAGGCUGGGUGAGGUGUUGCUGAAUAGAACAGGCCAAUGACACUAUUCUUGUGUAUUUAUUAGUUUGGGCUAAUUAUUUGUUUUAAGGGGAUGUGUUUUUAUGAAUGUAACAAUAUUUUUAAAUGAAGGUUUUUGUUUAAUUGUUUUUAAUUUUAAGGUUUUGAUAUUAGUAUGGUUUUGAGGUUCUUACGUUAAAUAACCUGCCUUCAACUUCGUUGUUUACUAUUCUACAUGAAGUCAUGGGUGACUCUCUGCCUGGCUGAAAGACACUAACUGACCCUAUUUCAUCAUUGUGUAGAUAGGCUGCUCAUCCCAUAGUCCUCUCCACUACAACCUUUUGUUGAACUACUUUGUCCAGCAUUAGACUCAAGACAAUCUGGGCUCUGAGCUGCUGUUUGACGUUAUGUGACAGGAUGUCUGCUCUGUGAAUGGAUUAGGAAAUUGGAUUCCUUAGACCUUGUGACGUGCACAUGGAACCGUUGAAGGAAUACAUUUAUCUUCUUAGAGAUGUGUUGGUUUUAUGUGGUUGAGAGGGGAGAGUUUAAAAUAAUUUCAAUUAAGAGGCACAUUCUGAGCAAUAUGGGGUUGCAUUUGCCCUGUUUUCAGAAUUAAUGGAAAAUGAGUGGCACAAUGCACUCAAUAAAAGCUCAGUAAAAAAAAUCACUCAACUUCAGACUGAUUUAGUUUAGGCCAUACAAAUUUGAAUUACAUGUUUAACGGAUACCCUGCAUUGCUUGUUAUUUGGGGUUUUAGGCAGGGUUUCUGUAUAGCACUUUGACCUGCUGAUGUAAAAAGGUCUAUAAAUACAUUUGUUUGAUACCCCUCUUCAGUUCUCCCCACCCCAAAAAAUCUGAAAAUGUUACUGAAAAAUGUAACGAUUAUAGCUAAAAUAAUGUCCUCAAGCUUCUAGUAAAGAGAUACGCCACUUCCUCUUGGAUUAUGGCUGAACUAUGCCUCUUUUAGCUUCCCCAAGAGGCUAACAUCUCUUGAUUAGGUCUCUAGGAGUUGAAUUAAGGUUGUUAUAGUAUUUUAACAAGAUCCACAUUUAAAAAAUAAAAAUAAAUUUGG